UGUAAUUAUUUUGGGAAAUAUUUCAUUGAAAUAACCCUUCUAUCGGUCUGUUUUCUUGCCAUCAAGAUGACCACAAAGGCAGCCACAUUUGCUUCAAAGAUACAUAACCUGAAGGAUUACAGGUAUCGGAUCAUCAAUAAUACCACACCACAGCCCACUGGUAUUGAGAUUGAGAAUACUCUCAAGUACUUUUCUCAGUCACUGCUCAGUGUACUGAAGGAUGUACCCAACAUCCCAGCUGAGAGUUAUGGCCCUCGCCAAAGAGACAGUGUCAGAUUGUCAGUGUUUCCUAACCUUAAGUAUACCGAAUUGUACUAUGCAGUACUUGAUAUGAUUGAUAUUGUACCAACUAUGCAGAUUAAACAGCUGGAGAUAGGGGAGAAUGUACUGAAGGUAUUGGGCUGUCUGGUACCAUUUCUGGAGCAUGACUUGCUGGAUUCCCUCCCUUACACAGUAGCCUCCACACUGGCUAUUUUCCCCCCGACCCUCCACAAAGAUACCAUAGACUUGCUCUGUAGCAACAUGCUGCCGAUGACACUAGGGUUUGAUGGCUGUCUGGAGCCGUCCUAUGCCAGUGAGUCAGCCGCAGCCAUCAUCACUAUGGUACUGCAACACACAGACAAUGGAUCCUUCCACUCUCAGAUCAUGGAGUGCUUUAUGAGCAUUAAACGUGACCUCAUUAAGGACAUUCUCAGUAUCAUCGCCUAUGGCCCUCCAGCAGGUCGUGCUCCAGCUGCUAACCUGCUAUUUUAUUACUGGCCACAGCUGAGUCCCUCUCAGUCAGACACAGGGAGGCGCAUCAACUACAGAUACGUAGCUUGGCCCCCUGUUUUGUGUCAGAGACGAGGAUGUGUAAACUCAGGAAACUGUCAGGCUGUGAAGAUGUGUUUAAACCCUGCGCUGGCUAUCCAUUCUGGAGACAAACCACCACCCUUAUAUAUCUGUAGUGAUUGUGCUGAGGUGCUGAGAAAGGAGCACAGCGAGUACAUGACCGACAUUCUAUUGCCCAUGUCUCAUGCUUCAACCAUUUGUGAAAACAAGAAUUGUAAGUCACGAGACAACCUGGCAAUGUGUACCUGUUUUUCCAUUGACUGUGCCAGUUUUAAUGGGAACCGACCAAUCCGCUACUGUCAGAUCUGUCAUGAGUCACGUCACAAUACAAACCGUGGUCGUAACCAUGUGUAUCAUGUCAGUGUGCCUGAGAUCUGGGACUGCAGUCUGGAAAUGCAACGCUACCUAAUGGAUGCUAUUGUUAGUCUCCUGAAGGAAGCACAGCCUAUUGAGUCUAAGAGAAUGGUAGAAAUGGGAGAUGAACACCGACCACAUUUCUCUGACGAUGAUGAUUUCUUUGCCAUGGAGGAAGUUGGGGAAAGGAAGCUACUCAGUCGCUAUGGCAUCUGGCUGAUGGUGGAGUUGUGUAGCUCCAGAGAGGAUAUACCUAUUGAGAUCCUGGGCCGCCUGCUUGGUAUGCUGUUCCAGUGGUUUGAUGCUACAGCCUAUCUCCCUGAUGAUAACAUUGGAAAUGCAUUAGAAAAACUGAAACCUGGUUAUAUCUAUGAUUGGCUGGAGGAGAUAGGACACACACAUUUUGAGGUGAUCGUGUCAUGCCUGCUGCCCCACCCAGUAGAGUAUGCUCGUGUUGGAGGAUUUUGGGACACACUGGUGAGCCGGACAACACAGAUCAAAGAAGGACUCAACUGUUUCUUCUGCCUUGUACCUUACGACAUCAUCACUUUUGAGAUAUGGGAUUAUGUGAUGCCCUACUGGUUAGAGGCCAUUAGGACAGAAGUGCCCACAGAAGAUCUUCAUGAACUCAAAGUUCUCCUCAGCAAAGCAUUUGACAUUCAGUUAUGUCCCCUGCCCUUUACACCAGAUAGUCCAGAGAAGAUCCUUCAGUUCAUCUCCGACCGCUUCACUGAUACCAGUGCUUAUGUUCAGGAACAAGCACUUCAAUGGCUUCAGAUUUUGUCAACACUAGAUGUGAUCAUCCCCAUCAAUAUGUUGCUGAACAUGUUCCAGUGUGGGGUGGAAAAUCUGUGUACCAUCAUCACACAGGGAGAAUCCAAAAAGGCAGGGGUUGCAGGUGGUAACCACCAACAGAUAUUUUCUCCUAGCACCCCUAUAGAGGAAUGUCCACCACCUCUCAGCCCUGAGAAGUCUCAUGUAGUUGUAGAGGCAUAUGAGAUAUAUGAUCGUGAAACAGAACUUGUUCUUCCUUGCUUUUGUAUGAUGUUGGACAUGUGUCUCAAACAGCUUGAACUACAAGAGUUUCCAAAGUACCUUGGUAUCUACAAUGAGACAAGUCGUCAGAUCAUGUCCCUACUCACGUCAAUGCUAAAUGUUACUUGGGAUGGCAGUCAUACCUGCAGCCAGGAGCAGCAGGCCUCAAGUUGUACUUUCUGUCAGAACGUGGCUCUGUGGCACCAACUUACCUCCAAGGUCAUGUGCUGCUACUGUCCUCGUGACACUGCAAAGAUUCCACCCAAGGAUGUACCCAAGGUUGAGGAGAUGAAGUUCACCUCUGUCAACACCAAACCUUCACAUCCCAUGUCCUCCCCCACUGAAAGAAAAAGCUCCUCCUCUAAUGGAGAGGACAGUCCAGAGGAGGAAGAAGAGAAGGAGGAGGAAGUUCCUCAGUUUGAUGUAUCCACCAUGCCUAUCCACCUACAAUUAUUCCACCAGUUUCUACAGGAACUGUGCAAGUUAUCCGACACAGAUGCCCUGUACUCUCUGCUUGUGUCUAUGAAAUACUUAAUUCUUCACGGCGAGUGUCUCAACUACACCAUCAACCAGUGUCCAGACUUCGUCAAGUAUUGUCUUUCCAAGCACUUUAUACCCAAUCUUUGGAAGCUGUUAAAAGCCAAGCACUCCCACCUAGCCUCAGUGUGUGUACCAUUACUGUUACACUGCCUUACACUGCCAACAGGAGCUGACAUUUUCUGGAAACUUGUGGAAGAUGACUUCAGUUCUGAUGAUUGGCGAUGCAGGUUUGCCGCUGUGGAGAAGGUGAUUGUGUUAGCAAGGUUACUGGACAGAGAGACCAUACAACAUAACCAGGUCAUACAGACUGCUCUGGCACACGCUUUCUGUCUCCUCAUCGGCUCUCUUGUUGAUAUCAAUGCUGCCAUAGCACAGAGAACUAUACAGUACUUGGAAACCAUUAAAACAUCUUCUGUAAAGUGUCUCUGUCAGUGUAUGGAGUUCCAGUUUGACCACGUCAUCUCUGACCGGAUCAUGAUACUGCAGCGAAUGCAGCUGCUUGCCAAUGUACUAAAAGACCAGAAGAUUCUGUCCUGGGAGUUUUUCCUGGCUCGCUUUGACAGUCUGUCCCUGGAGGCUCAGCUGGACUUGGAGAACAAUGGGGACAUUGCCUGUCCCACAGAUCUAACCAGCAGUGAUAGGGAGAGUGAGCACUUUCUACGUAAGAUCAAUAGAGCCAGGUUUGCCAUGGCGCGAACAGACAGUAUCCGGUCUCUUAGCACGAGUAUGAAUGGGAAACCCCCAUACCGUCGAGCAGUGUCUGUCCCCAUGCAUCUCAUCACCAAGACAACACCUCCCAAACUAGACCAGGCGAAGGAGAAAUCCUGUAUCAGACAGCAGUCAGAGCCAUACUUCAACUUGGGACGACGAAUGACCACUAAACUGAACAUGGGCACUUUUGGUAACAUGAUGUUCCCAGGUGGCCAGCUGAAGGAAUUUACAGAUGAGGAGAGUAACUUCACUGCCCUGCUGCAGAAAGCAAUGGAUAUGGAGGGAGUGGACAGAGACACUGUCUACACACUGGUCAACCUCUUGAUGAAGUUCAUGGUGAAGAGUGAACAUGACAAUGAUGAUAAGAACUCCAGCAAGACACAGAAUGUUGUACUGAGACAUCUGAACAUCUUGCUGGGCUAUAAUCAGACAGAGAAGUCCUUCAGUGUACCUCCAAACAAACUCAGAACGUCAGCAGUGUUCAAUGCUUUUCUGUCAGGAGUUCCUGCUGUUCUUGAUCGUAACUUUACCCUGGGAAACACUAUCCUGCCAAUUACAUUGCUGCUUCUCCAGUACAGUCCAUCUCCGCAGCGCUAUGCCAGUGACUACCAGCCACCCAACUAUACACUGUGGUUCCUGGAACCCCACACUCGUAUCUCCUGGUUGUCAACUCUGCUAGUCAUACUCUACAAGUACCAGUUCUAUACCUCCCCUGUGUCAGCCAUCAUACAGACUCUGAUCCGCAUUGUGAUCAAUACUUUAGAUGCUCAACAUCAUCAUUGUAAGACCUCACAUGAUGACGGCUUUCCACCUCCAAGUCCCUCUGUUGUCAGAAGUAAAGACAAUAAAAUGAGUAACGACCUUGAGAAAAUUCAAGAAACAGAAACCCCACCACAGAGCCCAAAAUCUAAGGAAACUGUGGCAAUGAACUUGAAGACCCCCUCCGAGACUAGUACAGUAUCCUACACUAAGGAAGGGGGAGCCACAGGGGGCUGCUUCCCUAUUAGAGAGCAGAGUGUGGAGGAGACAACAGACACGCCCAAACGACCUGUCCGACAACGCAAACCACGCAAGAUCAUAGAGUAUAAUGAACCAGAUAUGGGGAGUGGCAAAGGGUCAAAGGUUAAGGAAGAAAGUCAGUCGCUCAAGGAGAAAAGUGGAGGAGGUAUUCACCAUUCUCGAGCUGUACGUGCCCGCCCAUUGUCCCCUCUUGCCCGCUCACCCACCACUCCGAUCCCACAACCCACUACACCUGCUGGCCGGUCACCAUCUCCAGCUAAAAUACUGACCACGCCUACAGAAGAGAAGCCAGUUUCACCCUCUACUGUGGAGAGUAUCAUGGCACAACAACUCCAGGCAUUUUCUACUUCAAAAUCAGACAUAUUGACAGAGAGUGCAACAGAUAAAACCAAUCUGAAUAGUAAAAGUGGCAGUGCUGUUGUGGAACCAGUGUCUGUCAUCCCAGCAUACCUCAGUAGCAAGGGGGCUCGAUCUGUCAGUAGCAGCAUCACGGAUGGAUCUAGUUCUCGGUCAACCACAACAACCACAGCCGAUAUAAGUCAUGGAGGGAUGUCUGAGAUUGAAAGUGCAGAGGAUAGCGAGAAGACACAGACAACAUCUGAUGCAGACGAUUCAGAGAAACAUACAGACUCUGGAGGUGAUAUGACACAGGAAGAAAAUAAAGCAGGUGACCAAGAUUUACUGACUUUGCCGGGCAGAUGUAACACCAUCAAACCAAACUUCCGUCAGAGGAAGGCACGAAAGACAGGAUUAACCACUGUAGAGCUCCAGAAGAUUUACCCUGAUAUGACAGAACCAUCACCGGAGGAACACAAACCUACAGGUCGUAGAUCAAGGAAGAACGAGCAGGUGACUAACAGGAAAACUCUUAAGAAACCGACCUCCUCCCGGUACGGUGAGAAUGUGAUGGUGGAACGCUGUCCAGAGUGUAAUGCGAUUCUGGAACAGUACGAUGAGGAUACUAUUGGUUACUGUAUUGUAGUUCUUUCUACAUUUAUCCAUCGGGAACCAUCACUAGCCACACCCCUUUUGCUGGAAACUUUACAGUGUGUGUCUAAAAUUGCUUCCAGUAGCCCGUUUGUCUGGCAAGGAGAGAGUAACCUGAUGGUACCAGGUAACAGUGUGAGCAUUGCUCGCCAGUUUCUGCGUUGCUGCCUCCAUCAACUGGCCCCUAAUGGAGUCUUCCCAAUGCUGUUCCAGAGUAACCUUGAAGAUCCUCCAUUUUUCAAGACAAUGGCAGCUGCAUUGGUGGACUUCAAUGAGUUAACCUGCCAUGCUCCUAUCCAGUUUUUAUUGGAGGGGUUGAACAAUCGUAAGAAUCUGCCACCUCCUGAGAACUUAGUCCUUCUCCUGAACAAUCUCUCCACCUAUAUGAACUACAUCUCCCUGGAAACCUCGGCUCCAAUGGUGACCAGCAUCAUCAGCCAGUUUGACAUUUUCAUGAGGAAGUUACCAACUGUAUUGCCCAACCCAUGUGAUACCACAGCUCUCCUGAAAAUCAUCUUAGCCAUCCUCAAAGUGUCAGGCAUCAAUAAUGCCAGGUACAUCCUUGAACCAUUCUCUAAGCUGCUUAGCUUCACCAUACAGAACUGCUCUUUCAAACUCCAGCAUAUCCUGGAUAUCUGCUCUGUGUGUAACCGUGUCUUCUUCAAGGAACGGGACAAACUUUAUCUGACAAGGACUGUCAUCUUUGAACUUAUCCAAGCCAUGAAGUUCAAACACUCUCUACCAGACGAGAACUUCCUCCUCCUGGUACAGUUUGUGGUGCUGGAUGCUGGAGGUACCAUUGGAAACACAAACAUUGUUGGGGAGGGAGGCAUGCUGUAUCACAGUCAUGCUAACAUGCUUAUCAGUACAUGUGCUGCAGAAUGUAUGAGGGACCAUCUCCAUGACUCCAUCGAGUUUGUGGCUGAUCCCCACACUCUAACAAAGGUCAAGAGUAAUAUGAAGGGAGGGACAAGCAGUCUGAACGAGGACACACUAGGGAGCCAGCUGAAGUCAGGUAUAGCCCAGUACGUUUCCUUAGAGAUGACUCGCUGUAAUGGUCGUGACAACAGGGCAAUCUCACGCUAUUUACCAUGGUUGUACCACCCUCCCUCCACUGUACAACAAGGACCAAAAGAGUUUACAGACUGUAUAGGACAUAUCCGUUUACUGUCCUGGCUUCUGAUAGGCUCCCUAACUCACACAGCAAUGACCGAAGGCUCUGCCCCCAUGUCUUGUCUGCCAAUCCCAUUGGAUGCCAGCACCUAUAUUGCUGAACAUGUUCUUGUCAUCAUGACAGGCUUUGAUGAAAGGUCAAAGGACAAUGUCCUACACAUGAGCUCGCUUUUCCAUGCCUUUAUAUUAUGCCAGUUGUGGACAAUAUACUGUGAGUCAGCAGCAGCCCAACACCCUAUUCACAGUGAUAGCUACAAAGUGGCCUCCUCUACAGUGAUGGACUUCUGGGGACGUGUUACUCCAGGGAUACUACAGAUGCUGGCUACACCCAAGGAGCCUGGGCUGGCAGAGAAGGUUAACCAACACUUUUUGAGUCUGAUGGAAGCCCUGCGGGAGUGUAACUCAUCUGUUUUAGCCAAGCUGUUUCCGAUGUGGACAACCAUUUUAUUUACUCAUCACUCAAGUUUAUCAGGCCAGGUGAAGCUGCAGACAUGUGAGAAUUGGGAGCCUCCAAGCCCUACCAAAGAUUUGGCCUCAGUCAACUCCACAGUCCUCCUCAACUGGCUCAAACGUAGCCAGUUUAAAUUGGGUCAGAUUGAAGUCCAGUCCUCAGCUGCCACCCAGUUCUAUGCUGUAUAAACUGUUGGAUCAAAUUGAGUUCCACUUCACAACUGCCAACUGGUUCUACGUUGUGUAAUCUGUCAGAUCAAUUUCGGGUCAGAUCUAGGUCCAAUUCUUGAUUGCCACCCAGUUCUAUGCUAUGUUAUCUGUCAGAUCAAUUUUGGGCCAGAUUAAGGUCCAUUUCUUGGCUGGUAUUGUCAGAUAUACAAUAUCUCUGAGAACAUUGGAACUAAUUCUCUACAGUAAAAAUUGUUGAUAAUAAUAACAUGGAAGUGAAGGUUAUCUGUUCACCAUUCAACUGUUGCCAGUAAUUUGUUGGUGAGUUUAUCAUCUAAGAGCUAAUCAUAAGAGACAAAUCUGUGAUUAAAUCACUGUUCUAUGGAAUAUCAUCUACUGCAUGCAAUGAUAAGUGACUUGUCUUGACAUUUUGAUAUAAUUCAUUAUCACAUAGUUUGAAAAGUUUUUUUCAAUAGACAAAGAAUGAGAAAUCCAACAUCUACAUAAAGUGUGCAGUAAAGUUCUGUGAUAGCCAGUUGAUAUAUUGCACAGAGAAUACAAGGGUCUGGCUGUAAAAUAGAAUUAUCAAUAGGUAAAGAUGACCAGGACAAUAUCUGGCUGGGUUGACUGCCCUAUUUUUUUUUAAAGUGCAAUUGUUGGAAACUUAUUGUUACUUUUUUGGUUCAAAAGUUUGGUAACAUAUGGUGACAAGUGCAAUAGUUAACUAUACCAUAAUACAAUGUACCUUACA